AUGGCCAGUAGCUUCGGGGAAUCAUCCAGCCGAUAUCCCCAAAGCCCUUCGUGCUCCGGGAACAACAACAACUCCGAUGCCGGGGAUUUCGAGUGCAACAUCUGUUUCGAAUUGGCUCAGGACCCGAUCAUAACACUGUGCGGCCACCUCUUCUGCUGGCCCUGCCUCUACAAAUGGCUCCACAUGCACGCUCGCUCUCCCGAAUGCCCCGUCUGCAAGGCCCUUGUGCAGGAAGACAAGCUGGUCCCCCUCUACGGCCGAGGAAAGACAUCCACAGACCCUCGCUCUAAGUCAGUGCCUGGUGUCGACAUCCCCCACCGCCCCACCGGCAUGAGGCCCGAGACUGCCCCUCCACCCGACCCAAACCACUUCCCUCACCAUGGAUUUGGGUUCAUGGGGGGGUUCCCCCCCAUGGCCACCGCCAGGAUUGGGAACUUCAGCCUCACUGCCGGCUUUGGCGGGCUCUUCCCCUCUCUGUUCAACUUCCAUGUUCAAGGCUUUCCCGAUCCCGCCGCCUAUGCACCCUCUGCUAGUUUCCCCUACGGCUUUGGAAACUCAUUUCAUGGCGGCCAUGCCCAUGGGUUCCCCCCGCGCACCACCGUGAGGCAGCAGGAGAAUUCCCUCCUGACAACUCUCUUCCUCGUGGUCGGCGCUUUUGUUCUCUUUGCUCUUCUAUUCACAUAA